AUGAGGGUCCUAUUAGUGGCUCUAGUGUAUAUUCCAUUCAUCUUAGCUAUAGAAAGGAUCCCUUUAGUUCGAUUUAAAUCCACCAAGAGGCAACUUCGGGAAAAGGGAGAACUGGAGGAAUUUUUGAAAAAUCAUCAGCCUGACAUUUUUGCUCGGAGAUAUCUGCAUUGCUUCCCUUCAGAUAUUUUUCUACCAGCUGCUUCAGAAAGGCUAUAUGACUACAUGAAUGCCCAGUACUAUGGGGUGGUAAGUGUUGGCACCCCACCUCAGAAAUUCACAGUGGUGUUUGACACAGGAUCAUCCAAUUUUUGGGUCCCUUCAGCUUAUUGCAUCAGCGAAGCCUGCAGGAUGCAUCAAAAAUUCAAAUCAUUUCUAUCAAACUCCUAUCAGCAUGGAGGGCAGGCCUUUGCCCUACAGUAUGGUACUGGGCAGCUUCUAGGCAUUGCUGGCAAAGACACAUUACGGAUUAGCAACAUUUCCAUCCAGGGGCAGGACUUUGGAGAGUCUAUCUUUGAGCCCGGCAUGACUUUUGCUCUUGCGCACUUCGAUGGUGUGCUGGGUUUAGGAUACCCUUCUUUAGCAGUUGGCAGUGCUCUUCCAGUAUUUGACAGCAUAAUCAACCAACGUCUGGUAGAGAAGCCAGUGUUUUCCUUCCACUUGAUCAGAGGAGACGACCUUGAAAAUGGUGGUGAACUGAUACUGGGGGGUAUAGACCAGUCGCUCUACAAAGGUUCAAUUCACUGGGUUCCAGUUACUGAGAAAAGCUACUGGCAAAUUCAUGUUAACAACGUGAAAAUCCAGGGACGGGUUGCGCUUUGCUUCCAUGGUUGUGAAGCCAUUGUUGAUUCAGGCACUUCUCUUAUUACUGGCCCCUCUUUACAAAUAAGACAACUACAGGAGCAUAUUGGGGCCAGUCCAACACAAACUGGAGAGUUUGUUGUAGACUGCAGGAGACUGUCAAGCCUGCCACAUAUAAGUUUCACCAUUGGACACAGAGAAUACACGUUAACAGCAAAAGAGUAUAUAAUAAAGGAAACCAUAGAAGAAAAAACCGUGUGCAUCAGUGGCUUUCAGUCUCUGGAUAUUGCCACUCACUCUGGCCAGCUAUGGAUUUUAGGAGAUGUAUUCAUGUCUGCGUUUUACUGUGUUUUUGACCGUGGAAAUGAUAGAGUGGGAUUUGCAAAAACCUCUCAAAGAAGGGAGCAUUCCUGAGGCCCUAAUGGCAUCAGUUCUGCCUUAAACACAUGUUAUUUCAGGGUUAUGAGAUGAGCCUGAACUAAAACCCUGGAUCUGAAUAUUGCUCCCAACAAAUUUCACAUGGGUUUAGGGUGGGUUUGAAAUUGAAUUCAGAAUACAAAUUUUUUAGCUAGGUUCCAUUUCUAUACAUUUGCAACAGACACUUUUAUUUCUAAAUCAGUGAUUGAAAGACCAAAAACCCUAGGAAGGACUGUGUCAGAAAACCUAGUAAAUGCCUGUACAACAACUUGCCUGUAGGAUUUGCAUUGGGGUGGGAGGGAAAGUGUGCUUGGGAGAAGACUGCUAAAUAAUGCAAAGAUGAUUGUGUAUCAAUUGCAGUUAUGGGAACCUAAUCUGACUAGUGUUGGGUAUUUCUCUUCCUUUGCUUGUCAGUUUCAGCCUUCUAGUUCCUGACUAAAUAUUUUCUUUUUAUCAUUUAAUUAUUGCUUUUAUUUUUCUCAUUAUUUGCUGGGGUUUGUUCCACCCUUUCUCCCUCUGUCCUUUAUAGAUACUCUUUAUGUGCGCAAAGCCUCAAUCCCUGCUCUUUUUACUACCAUCACUUAAAUAUGAUUUCCUGUUUCUUACUUAUUCUCUCUGACUUGUCUUUUUCCUCAGGUACAUUCUCUUUUUCUACACUUUCUUUUUCCUUAUUUGGCUAGAGUUUUGCAAUUACUGGGUCUUCAGUCAGCAAAGAUGCUGGAACUAGGGGUGCCGCACCCCCUGGCUCAAAGUAGUUUCCAUUCUAUACAGUGUUUACAGUUUGGUUCAAUGGUUCUCAGUACCCCCACUAUAAAAAUUGUUCCCGCACCACUGUCAGUCAGAUGCUGUCUUUAGUGCCUGACAUCUCCACACCUUGAUGGAUUGAAACAGCUGGGAUUGGCAUCCACUUGCAUGGCAAGAAAUCUGACAGUGAAGCUUGUAUUGCACAAUCGCUGCAAAGAGAGAGACUGUUCUGUGGGAAUGACACGGUAGCAUCACCUUGUUCCACGCAAGAUACAAAAAUAGGACCCCAAUGUGGACCUGUGCUGUUCCUCAUUUUGAGAGACAUCAUUAGCAGCAGUUUUGACUGAGAUGCAAAAUAGUUCCGAGCCAUGGGUAGCCAAGCUGUCCUCUGUUGUGUAAUUGAUUGAACAAUAAUGAA